AUGUGUGACGCCUGCGUGCUGUGCGCGGGCCGGGCCGAGGUGGUCUUCGAGGCGUCAGCCGGGAGUGCCUGCGGGCACGGCGCCUGCCGCCGGUGCCUCAGCGCCCACGUGGAGGCGGCGCUGCCUGGGUGCCUCCGGCAGUGGGCGCUGGAGGUCCAGUGCCCGGCGGCUGGCUGCGGCAGGCGACUCCCGCAGCGCCUGGUGCUGAGCGUCUCGGCUGCUGAGAAGUUGGCGGCGGUGCUGGACCAGGCAGUGGUGUGGCCGGAGGAGGCCCAGUGCCCUCGCUGUGGGGCGGAGAACAGCACCAUCCACGUGAACCGGGCAUGCGGCCAUUCAGCCUGCGCUGAGUGCUGGCUGGCAGACCUGGAGCCGAAAUUGCAAUGGUCCCGGGCCAACUGCACCCUGGACAUCCCCUGCUGCCACCUGGGCUGCAGCCAGGGCUGCUCUGAGGUGCUCCAGCGCUUGAGCCCGGCGCCUCUGGCGCCUCUGGACGCUGUCCAGAGCUACGUUCAGGAAGUCCAGCAGCACAUGAAGGACUUCUCGGCCUGGUGCGUCCAUGGGGGUGCCCCGUGUACUCCUGGUCCUGAGUGCUCCAAGUGCGGCAGCAUGUCGCUGGCGCUUCUGCACUGCAGUUGCGGGGUGGCAGCCUGCCGACAGUGUUGGCAGCGUUUUGUGGAUGAGCACCUGCCGUGGUGCCGGGACAACUUUGCCUUCUUCCCCGACUGCCUGACCUUCUGCUGCUCUCCUUUGCACCGCGCGCAGGUGGUGGAUCUCCUGCCCACCAUGACCCAAGACGUCAAGACGCACGAGACCGAGCUGAAGGCCACUCUGCUGCGCCUGCGCUGCGCAGCGCCCCGGGGCAGGGUGGGGCCCAGCUGCCCCGUUUGCGGUGAGGUCCGUGUGGCGCUGCUCUGCCACAAGGGCCACGAGACUCACGCGGCCUGUGAGCAGUGCUGGGGGCGCUGGGCCGAGGAGCAGUUGGAGCAGUGCGUGCGUUGCCGCCAGCCGCCCGCACGGUGCCUAUGGCCCGACUGUUGCGUCGACAUGAUCGAGGCAGCGCUGUGGACGGAGGCGCAGAAGUCCAGUCAACCACUACAGCAGCACCUCACCAGGCUUGCCCGCAGGAAGCGACUCCAGCGCAGUCCAAUGUAUCCAGCUGCCCUCCAGGUUGACUGCCCCAGCCCAAGCUGUGUGGGUCUCGGCUACCUGGGCUUUGACACUGUGAUGUGCUUCAUUUGUGAGCGCCAAUGGGACGCGGAGUCCGGAGUCACAGACAAGCCUCCCGAGCUGUUGCCUGCGGGUUCCGAGCUGCAGGUGGCAGGUCUGACGGUCCGCAGGUGCCCACAGUGCCAGGAGUACAUCGAGAAGAACGGUGGCUGCGACCACAUGACCUGUCGCUGUCGACAUCAGUUUUCCUGGACAACUCUGAAGCCAUGGAGGUGA